GGGACGGGAUAGAGGGUGACACCAGGGGGGGACCGCCCGCUCCGCCACGCCGCGCAGCCCGGACCGCAUUUAGCGAGGCACACGGCAACGGCGGCCUCCCGGAGCAGCUCUCGCUGGGAUCGCGCAGGAAGCGUCAUUGUGUACCAAAGAAAUGGUGAUGGAGAAGCCAAGUCCCCUGCUUGUCGGGCGGGAGUUUGUACGGCAGUACUAUACUUUACUGAACAAGGCACCAGACUUCUUGCACAGGUUUUAUGGUAGGACUUCCUCUUAUGUUCAUGGUGGUUUGGAUGGAAGUGGGAAGCCCACAGAAGCAGUGUAUGGGCAGGCUGAGAUCCACAAGAAGGUGAUGUCCCUUCAGUUCAGUGAUUGCCACACCAAGAUUCGCCAUGUGGAUGCACACGCCACCCUCAGUGAUGGAGUGGUUGUACAGGUGAUGGGCGAGCUGUCAAACAAUGGACAGCCAAUGAGGAAGUUCAUGCAGACGUUUGUCCUGGCACCAGAGGGUUCUGUUCCAAACAAAUUCUAUGUCCACAAUGAUAUAUUCCGCUAUCAGGAUGAAGUGUUUGAUUCUGACGCUGAACUGGAAGAAGAGUCUGAAGAGGAAGUUGAGGAAGAGUCGGAAGAGCCACAGCUAUCUCCCGAACCCGUGCAGGAAAACACGAACAAUACUUAUUAUGAGUCUCACGCUGUCAGUAAUGGUGUGGAGGAAUCGCUGGAGGAACCAGCUGCAGAGUCAGAGCCCGAGGCCGUAUCGAAAGCCGAGGAGGUAAAACCUGAGCCGGAGCUGGUGGAGAAGACGGCGGAGGAGUUGGAGGAGAAAGCUCCGUCACCAGUUCCAGUGGAACCCACUUCUCAGCCACAAGAACCGCCCAAGGCUUUCUCCUGGGCCUCAGUGACCAGUAAAAAUCUGCCUCCUAGUGGUACAGUUGCUUCCUCUGGAAUUCCUGCCCAUGUUGUUAAAGUACCAGCCUCACAGCCAAGAGCUGAAGGGAGAAGCGAGACCCAGUCUCAGCCCCCUCGGCCCAGAGACCAGCGUCCUCGCGAGCGGAUCGGCUUUGUCCCCCGUGGGCCCAGACCAGGUCGGGGAGAUCUGGAUGGCGGCGAGGUGGAGAAUCGGCGGAUCAUCCGAUACCCAGACAGCCACCAGCUCUUUGUUGGCAACUUGCCUCACGACAUCGAUGAAAAUGAAUUGAAGGAUUUCUUCAAUAGUUUUGGCAAUGUGGUGGAGCUUCGUAUUAACACAAAGAGCAGUGGAGGCAAGCUGCCAAACUUUGGCUUUGUGGUGUUUGAUGAUCCUGAUCCAGUCCAGAGAAUCCUGAGUGCCAAGCCGGUCAUGUUCCGCGGGGAGGUCCGCCUAAACGUGGAGGAGAAGAAGACGCGAGCGUUCCGGGAGGGGGAGCGGAGAGGCGGCGGCGGAGACGACCGCAGAGACAUCCGUCGCAACGACCGAGGCUUGGGGCCGCGCGGCAUGAUCGGCGGCGGGAUGAUGCGGGAUCGCGACUCCCGGGGGCCGCCGCCCAGGGGUGGCAUGGCGCUGAAGUCGGGCCCCGGGGCCGGCCGGGGGGGCUUGUCCGGUGAAGGCCGCUUUGCUGGGCCCCGUCGUUAAGGCUUCGCCGUUCCUGAUACCUUGCUGGUGACACCACCCUCUUCGUUUAUUUUUUGUUAAUUUUGGCUUUGGAAUGUGACAUGGCCUGUAUUUUUUUUUCCUCUCAUUUCUUUGUGAAAGCAGCCUUCUUUUACCGGAUUGAUCAUUCUCCCUAUUUUUGGAACAGGAUUUACGCAACAAAAAAAAGCAAAACCAUUGUCUAAAGACUUGGAAAACAGAGUGAAUGGCUUCAAUUAAUUGGAACCCAUUUUAAAGGUCUGAAGAUCUGCCCGUUUAUAUAUUUGGAAAAAAAACAACAGCCUUGUGGUCUUUGCAACUUGACUGCUUUAUUUCAUAAAUGUGUCAAGUUUAUGCCCAGUUUCUGCUGAGGAAAACAAAUUGAUGCAAUUGAAGAAGCUUGCCUUGGUAUUUUUCCUUUUAGAAAUACUUGGCUCGAGAACUUGUGUUCAUGCACUCAUCAUAAUGCACUAAUAGUACUCUUAGAACAUCAUUUGCCAUGCCAACUGCAGGAGGAGAUGGGUGAAAAUCCACUGCUAUCCCGCCUUGACCAGGAAGGAUGUCUAACCAGAUGUGGUCUUUGAAUCCUAUUACCUGCUGUGACUGCUGUUUUCCCACAUCUGUUACCCGUAACGGACGAUGUUUGAAACAGUUUCUGACUGAGAUGGGUUUUUUUUUUCCUUCUUGAACUAAAAAUUGAUAAACAGAAGCAAUUGUGAACUCGGAUUAACAGCCCUGAACGCAAGUGUUUGGCGGCUUAUUCUCCAGUUUUUUCUAUCUACCCCACUGCAAUACAGGGAUGCCUCGCUGCGUGACACCAGUUCUCUUCCCCUCAGUCUGUGCAGUUUGUGAAUGUGCAGCGGAAAAUCAUAGCGAACUGUUACUGUUUUUUUUUUCGUUCUUUCAAAAUGUAAAGAGCAUGAUGGUGCCUUCUAUUGAUACGUCAUUCCAGACUUGCUGGCAAUUCUUGUAUGGAUUGUACUCUUGCUCGGUACAAAGCCCAACAGCUGUAAUACCUUACGGAAUCACUAGUAUGUUGAUGAAAUGCAAAGAUGCGAUGAAGCUGCAGCAUCCUUGCUUUGUGUGGGCGCGGGGGGAAUCAGAAGUAUUAAAGAGAAAAGUAAAUUGCACACUCCUGGUCACCUGUUCCGAGCUGUUUUUUAUACCAUUCCUGCAACCAAGUGGUUGGUUUUGCUUGUGUUUUGUGUUUUACAUUGGAAAAUUAGGUGUGUAAAAUUAAAUCCCAUUACUGUUACCUUUAUGAAAGAUAUGCAAAAGAAAGUAUGGUUACGGCUACAAUUUACCCGCAUAAAUGGUUAUUUAACGGUGGGCGGACAUCGAUGUGAUUUUGUAUAAAACUUGAGGGAAAGCUACGUUAUGCAAAGCUUAACGAUGAUUGUUGCAAGUUCUUUCUGAGUGAAAAACAGGUUGGCCGCCGACAAGGAUACUGCAGCUUUGACCCGAACUCUGCAGCUUUGUGCACUCUUCCUACCAGCCUAGACCCGCUUGGAUGAGGGGGAAUGCUCACGUGUGUUUGUGUGUGUGUGUGCGUGUGAUUGCGCGCGUUAGAAAUACGCCAGCGCAAGUUAGCGUGGUGCGGGUGGAAGCUGCUGCCAACGAGUGGGGAUAUCAUUUAAGUCACCGCUUCUAGCAACAAUGCACAUUUAUCAGUAGCGCAGUGGUUUUGGAAGCAGAAAUUUGUUUACAUGCACGGCCUCGAGGCUGUCACUUGUUGACUGUUGAGCAAAACCAGCAGAGAAACACAGUGAAGUUUACUUGUUUCUCGAUGUUGAUUGAAAGGAUAAUUGUGUCUGUUGGUUUUGAUUUUGUUUGGACAUUUCUGAGGUCUUCCUUGUUUGAUGGUAGUCUUGCACUAUUUCUCAAAUUCUGGGAUACAUUUGCAGUUUUUUGUGUUUUCAAUCUUGUUUAAACCUUCCCCCCUCCCCCCCAACCGAUGUCUACAUCACAUCUAUCAGUGUGGCCUGGAAAUAUUGUACUUGAAGUUUCCAUCGGGCAAGGAAGGGUUAAACAUCUCCCCAUACCCGCCGAUACACUUGAAACUCUGGCCCUGGACACAGAACCUUCAGUAUCAUUUGCACAAUUUCAUUGUCAAGUAGUUGACCAGAAUUCCUGCUGAGCUGAUUGCUACACCUCACCGACGUUUGCCUUCCAUCUCAUUUCACACCGCUUUGGAGACGGGGAAAAGUUAUUUCCAGAAAGUGUUGGAUACAAGUUGACUUAACCUGAGGAAAAGGCAGAUGAGCCAUGCUAAGAUCUGGCUUGCUUCACACUGUCAAUAAACAUUGGUAAAACAAACCAAAUCGGGUAACAUCAGAAUGUGCUUACUUGCUGGUGAUUUUGUUCACUGGAUUUUAUUGUGCACUGUUGUCCUGGUUCCCUGUUUCCUACAGUACUCAAUACCCCCAAAGCAAAGUUUGUAGACUUUCCACUAAGGACAUGUAUUACUGGGUGGCACUAGCUAAUUAUCUGUUACAUUACAGAGCAAUAUCAUUCCAUUAUUUUGCCUGUAGGAUGGGCUUUACCACCUUGGCUUUUGUGGGUAUUGUAGAGGAUAAAUGGCUUGCCAUCUUCAGAAGCUGAUCUGUGUUUGGCCAUCUUAUGCUGUUAGAGCACAGUAGUUACAGGUGUUACAGGUGGUAAGUCUUCAUAUUUGAUUUUCUUAUUGAAUGUGUUGGACUAAACAUACAAUAAACUACUGAUGUCUGAAGCAGUUAAA